GGUGCCCAGACGGCCGCGUGUGUGGGAGGGGAUGUCCUGAGAUGCCCUCCACCCGGCAGUCCCCGCUCUGACGUGGGUGCCCCCCCUCUCCCCGCCCGGAUUAGUGGCAGCUUGGCCUGACUCUCCGGGGCUCCUUCCCCCGCCCCCGCCCGCUGCCCGCCCCUGGGCAGGGGGCUGCUCCGCCCGAGGGGCACUCGUGCUUGCCCAGGGUGCUGGAGGAGGAAACCGGCGGAGCAGCUUCCCCACUCUCAGUUGCGCGUCUGGCGAUGGCGAUCAGAGGUCCUGCUGCCCUCUCCGCUGGGCUCUCCCUCCAUUAGCCGCGCCGCUCCGCGCUGCGCCCUCGCUGGUGCCUCUCUCCCGGGUCGCGGGAUCGGCCCCCCUUCCAGGCACGACCCCCUCCCCCCGGCCCCCCGGCCUUUCCCCCCAGCUCCGCCAUCUCCGACCCGGGGCGCGCGUUCCCCCCGGCCCGGCUCCCUCUCUCCCUCCGGGGGCACCCGCUCCCUAGCCCCGGCCCGGCCCUCCCCGCGGCGCAGCACGGAGUCUCGGCGUCCCAUGGCGCAACCCACGGCCUCGGCCCAGAAGUUGGUGCGGCCGAUCCGCGCCGUGUGCCGCAUCCUGCAGAUCCCGGAGUCCGACCCCUCCAACCUGCGGCCCUAG